CUCCGGGGAUGCCGCGCUCCGCGCCCCGCGGCUGAGCCCCAUGGGCUGCACCGGCAGCGCCCUGCGCUGCUGCCCCGCCGGCGGCCAGAGACAGCUAAAAGCCCAGCAGCAGAGGGGACCAGCUUCCCAGGAGCUCGCGGCCUUGAAGACAGAGAACGCCAAUGCCACCCUCUUGCCUGAGGAUGGGAAGGAGAAGGCAGCGCUGCAAGAGGAGCGGACAGAGAGCACAAGACUCCUCCAAGGUCAGGAGGAGGAUGAGGAGGAGCGGCUGCGGGAUGCCAGACAGGCAGGCACUAAGGGAAUCACCCGGGAUGGUGACAUCCAGGUGGAAAAGGAAAAAGACCUGGAGCUGAAGGAGCAGUUUGAUGCCCUGAAGAGAGAACACACGGAGACCCUGCAAGAGCUCCAGAGAGCACAUGAGCAGGAGAAGCUGCUGCUGGCAGAGUCCCACCACAGGUCCCAGGCGGCCUUACAGGAGACGAUCCAGGCGCUGAAUUCCCAGCUGAAGUCUUUCCAGGAGAGGAUGAAGCGGGUGGAGGAGUCGCUUAUGAGCACGGACUACAAGAAGCACAUUGAGGAGCAUGGGAGCCCCAGCCCCUUCUGGGAGCAGGAGCUGGAGAGCCUGCACUUUGUCAUCGAGAUGAAGAAUGAGCACAUCCACGGGCUCGACAAGAAGCUGCUGAACCUGGAGACCGUGGCGGAGAGGAACCUUCUGCUGGAGGAGAAGGUGAAGACUCUCCAACAGGAGAAUGAGGACUUGCAAGUUCGCACCCAGAACCACUUGGUCAUGGCGAGCUGUCGGAAGAGCUCCUGGCUGCCCGCGGAGCACUGGAGAAGGAGGCACAGCUCCGGGAGCAGGCUUACCGCGAGAAGGAGGAGCUGCUGUACCGCGUGCUCAAUGGAGGGGACGGCUCCCCAUUCCCCAUCGCUGCCAGCGAGGUGCCCCUCAUCGCCACGUAGCACACUGCCCAGGGGGUGUCGGGGCUUCCCUCUGGGUGCCGGAGCCCAGGGCUGCUCUCACAAGUGCCCCACUGCUGGGGCAGGCCCCUGGGCUGGCCCCAUCCAACCAAGGGCAAUGGAGCAUUUCACAGGACACUUGCGCCUGCCUUUUCCCAGCCCAUGUGGGGCACCCUGGCAACCCCACUGUGCCAUCCCUGCACCUCUUCCUCUGGUGGGAGGAUAUGGGGUAAAAGGGGUCAGCCAGCACACACAGAUUGGGCUGGAUCCAACCCAGCGCUUGGCUCUGAGCAUGACCAGCAACAGUGCUGCCUGGGGGCAUGAGGAGGAAGAUGAGGCGGUCACUGGGAUGGCAUGGGAGAACCGGGAGGAUGAGGAGGGCACUGGGGAUGUGAUGGUAUUAAGAUACCUCACUCCCUGGGAAGGAGGUGGCCAAGCCCAGGGCUGAGCCAUGGAAUGGGUGCAGCUGGGUAUAUCUGUCACCUCCAGUGCUGUCCCUGCCAUAGACCAUGCCAGCCUGGCCCUCCCACCCAUGCCCUCCUCAUCACCUCCUCCAUCUCCAGCAAACAGCUCCCAGGGAUUGCUCCUGCAUCCCAGACCUUCCCCUGCUCACUGCCACACAGACACCAAGCCCUCCUGUCCCCACUCCACAUCAGCAGCACCACCAGUGCCAUCUCCCCCAAAGCUGGGCAGAGGCUGCAUGCCCAGAGGUACACAUUUGGGGAGCAGAGCAUCCUCCCAAGGGGAAGCAGGCUCCAGCAUGUCACAUCCCUCCCUGCUCCAAGCCAGCACAUCCCCAUUGGGAAGAUGCUGCCAGCAGGGCUCUUUGCACACAAGCACUUUCCCCUGGGUGCAUGAGUGUGGUGGGAUGGUCACUGCUCCAGAGGUUGUCACUGGCCUGUCCCCUCCCCAGGGCUGCUGAGCCCGGGUGUGUAUGUGUGUAUGUAUGUGCCACUGGCUGUAACAAUUACAAGUCUGUAGGAAGCAGCAGC